AAGUCUAAUAAGAACCAUGUACAACCAACUCGCCCAAAACGUAACGCUUUUCACUUACAGCAGCCUUUUGCAAUGUGGAACCUUGCAUCGAACUAAAAAAAAAUGAAAUAAAGUGCAUAGAUAUACAUGAUUAUUACUGAUGUGAUGAUGCAAACGAAAUCUUUAAGAAACGUGUUUUCCACGACAGGUUACUGUUGCCUAUUAUGCUGCUUGGUGGCGUGUCCUUCCCGCCAUCUGGCUAUCAUACAUUAUCCGCACUGCGACAGGCAGCCGACACUUGCAAGUCCUCGAGUGCGUGUCCGUGUCCUAAAAACAAAUUUGUCUCGACUCGCCACCCCGACUCGCCGUCAUGGAGUUCUGCAGCUGUCGCAAGCGCGAUGCCAGCGAACUUGAGAAAUCCGAGUAGUUUACUUCGAACGCUCAAGGAAAGACUAAAGAAGGCUCACGCAAAAGCAAAGCCGCCACCAGCGUUCCCUCGAAGCAUCAAGCAGAUUCAGACGAAGCAUGAAGCGAGACCCACGAAGGAAGGUUACGCAACGAGUUUGUCAUCCACCUACGCCAGACUUGUCGCGGCACCCGCGCCCGCGACCUCGGAAGAAAACGGAGCAGCGACGACCGAAGCGAGCGUCGGGAGACGGACGAGUUCGACAAACUCGCCUGACUCGCCGGAGGAAAGUUUUCCCCAAACGACAGCUGUCCGCCGAGAACUACACUUUCAGCGAGGGCUGCCCAAAACUGGUCGCAGUGCCCACGCGAUGGCUCGCAUGUUUCCGCGCGAAGAGGCGGUCAAGGAACAAGUAAACACAACGACAAACCACGUCGUUUUCGAUGGAAACGAGCACAAGGCCCCGACCGCUUCGGAUGACACGGACGUCAAAUGGGUGGCGAGUGUUUUGAUUCUACGUUCCGCCGGAGGAGGAGGAGACGGCGGCGUUUUUUCGGGCGUUGGUGAUUUCGCCACGCGGUCGCGCAGGCGUUUUCGGGAGCUCGGGGAUGCUGCAAAUGCACGCGUGACGGUGCCGGACGUUGCCGUUUCGAGAGUUGGUGGCAGCACUCUAACUGAAAGCUCCGAGACAUUUGCAGGGCGGAACACGCAAUCGUCCGCGAUUGACACUGAAGUUUCAUCAACGCACGCGGCCACAGCGGAAGCAGGCCUUGCGGCGUCGCGAACUUCAAGUCAUGCUCAACUUCCCAUUAGUUUCUAUGUGACCUCUGUCACAGCUAAAGGUCAGAUAUUUGAAGCAAUGGAUGCGUUUCCUGCUGCAAGGACACGAUCAAGAACUAGUAACGUCGAGCUCAAAGACAUUUCAGAGACUGAUGAAAUGUCAAACAUAGUUGCUCAAGUAGUUCUAGCUUCUCCAGGAAAUGUGAGCGUCGAGCUUUCGAGUGAAGAGACUGCUUCUGAAAACGGUAACAUAAUGAAGUUGGCAGAAACGUCAACUACAACGCCAUAUGCAAAUAAUUUGGAUGAUAGUACUUUGAAAGCAUCCAGUGAACGCCAUUCUUUUGAAUUAACAACACAUACUUCUGGCGCAAGUACAACAAGAAAACUCGCAAGAAAAUGCAACGGCUGUUUCUUUGUGCCUUAUGACGGUCGUGGAGCUUCUUCAUCCGAAAAUACACUGCAUGAAAUAAUGAACUCUGCGAAAUCACUAACGCAGACCAACAAUAGGACAUAUCAAGCAUUCGGCGAUAUUGAUAAAAGCACUACUAAAGCAACCAUGACGGCUCUUUCCGCUAUACCAAACACAACUGGAUUUGAAACGGAGCCAGUGAAAGAAAUGAACUUAGGGAGCACAGCAACUAAAGACAUUCUUACAGAAACGAAAUUUCCUAGUGCAGUGACAUAUUGGAGCACAGCAAGCUACGUCGAAUACGAGCAGAUCCUAGACGGCGAAGUCACCGAUGGCCAAAGUACGAGGCUGCUAGCUAGGCAUCCGAGGGCGGCUGAAUCAUUCAGUACCAUCACGACAUCAACUACUAACUCUAGCCCUUCUCAGACUGAUCCUGGCACAAACACAAUGUCGAUACCUACAAAACUACGAAGUGAACAGCCAGUUGCGAACCGAAAUGGUCAUCUAUUAACUCAUGCUCUUGUAGAGAGCUCUGAAGGGCAAACGAAGAAUGGACAACCAAUCGUAGGUUCAACGACCAUGAUGCUCCUUGUGGAAACUGAACGCUUCACUUCGACCAACCGGCCACAGACAGCAGAAGCUACCCAACCUUCCACUUUACUAGGUAGCGCAGUAUCUACUGGCACUCGCUUCAAUUAUGAAUCACGUACACCUCUGAUAACGAAGCAAACCACAGAGGUACGUGAUGUUACACUCUCCCCAAAAGUGGUCACUCGAGGCACCGAAGUGCAUAAAGAGAUGUCCACUGACCCGUCCCAGUUGAUGACAUCCGGAGGCGACAAAGUGAGGCAGUUCUUUAAAACAAACUCCGAUUCGGAAGUUUCUACUCUGCAAGCAACUCGUACACCAUGGUCAACAUCAUGGCACCACACGACCGAGGAGCAGGAUAGUGACACCACUCAAGUAACAUCACCUGUAGACUUGCACCCUAGCGGAACAUCAGCCGAUCGCGGUCUAACGCUAGAAGAAACCACAACCUUAAUGCCAUUACUCACAGUGUUGAUAACAAUGCAACCCUCCUCGCUGCCACUCACAUCAGAAGAUGUAGCAUUUACCGACCGAGAAAUCAGAGGUGUAAUCUCAACGCAUGCGGAAAGUUUACAUCCCACGAUGACGACAACCAAGGACGCGCUCCUCACUGUUGAAUUAACGCCACCAACUCAAGACGCGGCCAUAGAAAGGACAACGCUAUAUACCACGUUACAUUUGGCGUCACAACAGACGGCUGCUGCCACUCUAGGCGAAAGGGAGGCUGUGACCGUCGACGUUGGGAGAUCCUCGUCUCCAUCGCAGUCUUCGACGUCACAAGCAGGCGGUCCGCCGAACUCCGGAAUUGAUCCCAAGGGAACAGGAAAGAGACAGCCGGAAGUGACGCCCCAUGCCACGGAGCCACCGGAAGCUUACCCCAGCGUCAAUGGCGUCCGCGUGCGCCUCGGACUGGAUGCCGACUACGGCGCAUGCGUGCGGGGCCGGGAGUGGCAGUUCCGGGAGCACAUCCGGCGUCAGCUGAGUGUCUUGCUCAGAGUUCCCCUUCCGGGAGUUAGAAACGUCCGCGUACUGCCCGGUAGCAUCAUCGUGGAAGCCGACAUGGUUCCAGUGAAGACGCCAUCGCUGGACGUGGAUAAGUCUGCACUUCUGGCGGCACGAACGGACCUCCAGGAUCGCAUCGACCGGGGCACCGCUGUGGUCACGGACCUGGAGGGCAACCGCCUUCCUGUCUUCACCAGCACCGUCUACUCGCUUCAGCCGCCGCGCGGCACGUCCUAUUCACCCGCGCUGCUGGGUGCGCUGACUGUGAUGUUCUUUGGCGCCGCAUCGGUCAUCGUGGCCUCCGCGUAUCUCGUCAAGCGGCACGUGGGCGAACGGCACGUCUCCCCGUCGCCGGAAGUGCAAGCUGACACCGAGCAGCAGCGGCCUCCUGUGGACGAGCGGCCAUUCCUGCGACUGGUUUCACCCGGUCUCCUGAUCAGCACGCGACUCGACGACCCGGCAACGGCGAGCAUCCUGCGAGACGCCAGGAUGCUUCCCCGCCGAUCCCUGGUGCCCGAUCCGCCGGUGUACAGGCCCGCGAGGGGCGAGACUGACUCCGCUCCGGUGACGUCACUUCCGCCCCCGUCCGAGGCCCCCGUUGAUCCUCCAGAGUCCGUGGCCACGUGGCAGUCGCAUCCGUUCGACUCGUCCGCGGUAAGAAGUAUCGUGACGCCGAGUGAUGCGUUUUCCUUGGCGACUUGGUCAUCAACUCCUUUCCAGCCAAUGUCAAGAGCGGACUUUCAUACCGCAGACAGCGAAGCCACAUCUCGAUGGACUGCGACGCCUCGCGGACGGAUGACGUCAAGUCUUGAAAGCCAAGUCAGCCAGGUGCCGACUAGUGUGGCGAUUUCCGAGCAAGCGACGACAAACGGCCAGAUACGAUAGAAGCGUUUUUAAUGUUUAAGCAGUUGACGCAUGUGCUACGCUAACCAUGGCAAGAACCUGACCAGUUUACGUCCCUGUCCUCCUAAGUUAUAGACUGUCCCCAACCUUGGGAAAUUGCAAACAAAAAAAUAUGUCGGCGCUGCUGGGUAGUGAACAACUUUCAUCAGUGUUUUUAUUGCCCGCUAUAUAGCACUGUUGUUGGUUAACAUUAGGUUUGACUGAUUAAUUUAUUUAGCGAUGUGGGAUUCUGGGCAACUUCUGCCGGGACGUUUUCACAUUUGUUUUGUACAUGAGCAGGUAGGAAAGAUGUGAGGAAAUAUAAAGUUUUCUAUGGGAUGUUACAUUUCGUUAUUAAUGACGGUGUGGGUUGGAUACAAUCGCCGCUCAUUUAUAUUCUAAUACUGACGUUACUGGACAAUAGGGGCUGCAUGAUUACCCAGCCUAAAACACACGCGUAUCCCUCGGGUGGGCUGUAAUAUUUUGUAAAUAUAUUUCGUGAAAUAAACUAUGGCUGUCGCUAUUG